AAAGACCAACGAAGAAGAAGCAGCAGCUAGAACGCAACAAAAGUGUAAAAUGGAGGAAGCUGGCGCGGUUUUAUGCAAAUAUUGUUUAAUAUAGAGCGUUAGCAGAACAUAUUAGCAAUUCAUUUUUGCAUAAUUUUCAUAACAGUCGUGAAACAAAAUCAAAACGGUGGUUUAAACUGCGUCCGUUUCAACGUUUGUUGUUGUUUUCAGUGCUAGCCUGAGAGCUAACAGUUAGCUUCAGUUAGCUUCAGUUAACCUAACGUCUCCUUGUAUCUUAGCAACACGUUAAAUAACUACGUACAUCGUGUUGUUGCUAAACUGUUGUUUACUGUGAAGCUGAUAUCCAGGUGACAACAGCGGUGGUCAUGGAGGUGGACGAGAUGGAGACGAGAAUGCCAGAGAGAGUACAAAUCAAGAUAAAGACUGAAUCUGAUGGUGAUGAAAAUAUGUCAGAUUCCCCUUGUGAGUCCGUUCCUUCCACGAGUGAAACUCCAAGCAAGGAGACACAAUUGUAUUACGGUUCUGACUCUCUCAGUGUGAUAAAAAGAGCAGUGGUAGUCUUGACCCGACUCCCGGAAUAUAAGAUCAGCGCUCUGCGACCACCAACGCCUCAGCAGUUCUACAGCGAAGACGACUCCCUCAGCAGCUCUGAUUCUGAUAUGCAGUGGGAACCAGAUGAUUCAAGUGGAUCUGAUUUCUCCCUCUCAAAAGAUAAAAAGAAAACUGGAAAACACCCUACUGCACCACACACCAGCAGCAGCAGUAGUAGUAGUAGAAACAACAACAACGUGCCAGAACCAGCCCCUGUAAUAGUGUCGUCGGCGUUUGCCCAUUGCUCAAAUGAAACCACGAAGGUCCGUCCUAACUUGCCAGAUCAAGAGGUCAUCGUGGACACGAUAGUCUUGGCCAGGAAAAGGUCCAUGAGAUGGCAACGGGGAAAAAUAGUGGAUUUAGUAACAAGGGAAGAUGGACGGUUGAAGUACAAAGUUUGUUUUGAAGAAAAGGGGAAGAGCCUAGUGUCUGGCCACCACAUCGCCUUUGACAACACACCGAAGCUGGAGCAGCUGUACGUCGGUGCUCGGGUGGUGGUCAGGUGUCAAGAUAACAAGUUCCGGUUCCGGCCUGGUGUUUUGGCAGAGCUCCCCAGCAGAAAGAACCGCUUAAGGUUCUUGGUCUUCAUGGAUGAUCACACGCCGAUCUACGUUGGUUUACCUUUAUUUCACCUGGUGUGCAGACCACUGGAGAAUGGCCUAGACGAUAUUCCAGACAGCCCUCACAAGUCUUUCAUAAUACAGUACCUGAAGGACUGGCCGUACCCACAUUUAACCCAGUACAGAGCUGGACAGACCCUUAAUGUCGAGUUAAAUGGAAGCCAGCAGAAAUGUGAGGUGCAGGUGGUCGACUGCAGCUUGAUGCAGGUUCUUUUUCAGGAUAAUAAUCAACAUAAGGAGUGGAUCCAUCGAGGCUCCAUGCGACUUGAACACAUGGCUAGAUUUUUGGAAAUGAAAGGAGCGGAAGAGGUCACCGAUGAUUCUGACUAAAAGCCCACAGACACAGAGAGGAUUAUAAUAUGGCUCUGGAAUCUAAAAAUGUUUUUUAGGAAACAUUAACUGAACUAUUUCAGCUCAAAAGUACAUUUGCAAUUUACGUGAGGAUCACACAUGAAUGACGCAAGUUCGACAUUUGUUCCAAUCUGUUUUUCUUUGGGUUUUUUUUGUUAAAAACUUAAGUUGUUGCACAUAUGUGCAGAUAUAGUUACUUGGUGGAUUAUUGUUUUUCCAACUUAAGUUUUGCACCGUUAAAACAUAGCGAACAAUUGUCAUUUUCAGUUUGUUGUGAAUUUACCUCACAGCAACUUUUGACAGUAUAUUCAAGCGGCUGUGAGUUCAAAUAAGCAAGUGAUCAUGUUGCCGACAUGAUUAUUAGAUUAUUAGCAUCUUCUUGUGUUUAAUUGUUGACAGUGUGCAUUUACUGCAGACUUUCUAUCUGAAAUACUUGAGGUGAUAUUUGUUGGAACAUUUUGCAAAGAUGCUACAUCAUAUUUUGAGUUUUGCUAGGGUGGAUGUUGUUUAGUUUUGGGAAGCUGGAAUGACAGAGUUGGACAUCACUGUAAAUAUUUUUUGUUUAAUAUCCUUCAGUUUUUUUAUUUUAUUUUGAUAUAUCCUAUUUGCAUUAGAUGACAUUUAUUCAGCUGAUGCUUUCAGCCGAUGCGACUUACAAUAGGUGCAUUCAACCAUGUAGGUGCAUCAUCUCUAUCAAAUAUGCUGAACUGCUUCAAGUUCAAGGUAUUUGUUUUCAGUCUUGUAAAUCAUUAAUAUCUGGGCGCGGUUCUUCAUACGUGAAUGACGAGUUAUCCAGAUUAAAAUGUUGACAGUUUGACUUGAGUCUGGAUCUUUUGGUUCUUCGAAGUUGGCUUUAUUUCUAUCAGGAUCUGUUGUCAGAGCAACAAGUCCUUAAGCCCAAACCUGCAAAAAGGGCGGGCUUAUUGGCGAUUUACUGUGAACCAUGUACAUGAACUCAUUUUGAAAUACAAUGAUGUAAUAAUGUUUUUAGAUGAGAACAUGCAGGUUAUUGUAAGCUCUCCAUGAUCUGUAAUUAUCACAAUUAAAUUGUCAUAUUGAAAACGUUCCUGCACUUAUACAUAAUAAAACAAAAAUACAAAUAAAUACAAGUUUUGAAACAAGAAACAUUUUGAAAUGGAAAAAAUUAAGUCCUCUAAAAAAAAAAAAUAUUUUUUUUUAGGUUUUUUUUAGAAAGUCUACAUAUGUGUAGAUGUUUGUAUGUACUGUACAAUAUUACUUUAAGAUAUAUCUUUUUUUUUUUUUUUUAAAGAUUGUAAACAAAAAAGAACCAAACCAAAUUUAGUUUGAGAAACAGAGAAAAAACAUAAACUCCACUAAAAGAUUCAGUUAAAAAGACCAAUGGAGCCAGAACAUGUGGCAUUUCAUUUGACAUUAAAAUAGGAAUUUGUCUUUUGAGCACUGAAAUGUAUUGAAUGUUUGACUGCAGAACUCACUUUCCUGAAAAUUGAAUUAAAGCUGCUUUUAAUAGGGA